AUGGCUUUGAAAGAGAGAUUUUCUGAAGAACGUUACGUAAGCUGGGAGGAGGUAGUGGUGUCGAUGGAUAAGGGCAGGAGGGAGGUUCGUUAUUUUCUGAAAAAGAAAAGCGGUGGUGGUUCGGAUCUCGCUCUUAUAGGUAAAGAGAAGACUCCCAGGCAUAUGUCUUAUCACUAUGCUAUAAGAGACUCUUCUUUGGGCCCUUUUUUAAAACUCAAAUCGCGUAGAGAAGUUCUUGAUUGGUUGGAUUCAAUCGUUUCAGAUUCUUCUUCCAGGGAAGCGACUAUGGUUGUUGGAAAAUAUGCUUAUGAACCUGAGAUUGGAACCUUUAAGGAUAAUAACAUGCAGAAACUGCGCAAUUGUACACAAGAGUUCUCAUGGGUAGGGUUACCACAGACAUGUAGGAAAAGAAGAAAUCACUAUCAAUCAUUUGAGCGGAACGGUUUUCAAAUAUCUGUGAAUGAUUUUGUGUUUGUUUUAGCAGAAGAGAACAAACGUCUGGUUGCCUACUUGGAAGACUUGUACGAGGAUUCCAGAGGCAACAGGAUGGUUGUAGUUCGCUGGUUUCACAGAAUUGAUGAGUCCCCAGCACUAUGCAAUGUAUCGGAAUGA